AUGGCUAUUCAAGCUGGGCCAGUGGUCUGCGCCUUGGCCUUGGCCUUCACCGCUUUGGUGGCAGGUGCGGUGGCCCAACCAGCUCAGCAACUGACCGGCCCUGGCACUUGCGCCAACGGCACUGCCUGCCCGUACCAGUGGGGGCCCGAUGGCCACUUGCCGUCAUUUCAUCCCGGUCUUGAUGCCACUGCACGGUUCAGCUACACCCCCUAUAUCCAGAGUCUGUUGGGUGAUGACUAUGACGUGAUGCAUUCCCCCGACGACCACCGUGACGGUGGAGCUGCCGACGCCAACUGCCAGUCUGAUUAUUGGUACAAUUACGCCGACAACUUGACCAGCAUUGCCGAGCACAUGGCGUCAUGGGCCACUGCCAGCAACACCAAGCUUCUUUUUGCCCUGACCUCGGCUGAGCUGUGCGACGUGGGUCUCGAUGACACUGUGCUGCGGCUAAAUGAGGAAGCAGCCGGCAUCAUGGCGCAGUUUCACAUCCCCACCGUCAACCUCCACGACCCGAUUGUGGCCAAAUGUGGACCUGUGCCGCAGCAGCAGUGCUUUGGCCUCGAAGCCUUGGCAACGACUCCCAGCACAGCUCCCGAGCCAGUGUUCUGUACGCCCAACCAUCUUAAUCCCUAUGAGUGCAAGUCCAACGGCACUGUCAUCACGCGCAUCCCGGCCGGCUUUCUCUGCGAACUCGCCUGUAUCUCCAACACCAUGUGGUCCCGCGUUCGCUGCACCGACGACGGUUUCUUUGUUUCCGACCCCAGUGGUAGCCUUUGUCCCGCCUAUACAGCAGCCGGCUGCACCUACGACCUUGCAGCUGGUGCUCUAUCUUGUGAUGGGCGAGGCGUUUCACCCGAAGACAAGCUCACAAACCUGAUUAGAUACAGCGGCCAUACCGAGCUACGUUCCUUGGACUUUCAGUACCAGUACAUUCGCGCCAUCAGCAACAAUGAUAUGCAUGGCCUGCGUGGUCUCCGCAAGCUGCGCGUGGCGUCAUCGCACAUCUCGGCCCUCGAAGGAACCUUGUUCAUUACGAUGCCCCACGUCCAGUCCAUCGACCUUGCCUACAACGUCCUGGAUACGAUUACCCCCGGCAUGAUGAUGGCCGAGCGCCAACUUCGCUUCAUCAACCUCACCGGAAACCCCAUCACUGCUAUUGAGGCUGGUGCCUUCAACUACUCCUUCUCCCGCAGCUGCAGUGUUUCUUCCACCAUCGUCCUCGAUGACACCAACUGCUCCUGCCAGGCUGCUCCGGCCCCGCAUUGCAAUACCCAAACUUGCUCUUGUCUUGGACAGCACAUGGGGCCCGCCCCAGUGGUAUUGCCGUGCACGCCAUCUCUCACCGAUGGCCCCGUCUUUGAACAGGCCCAAUUGUGCGAUGGUGUUCGUGACUGCCCUUGUGGUCGUGAUGAGCGGUUCUGCUCCAACCUCAUUGAUGUGUCUGACAGCCUGUUCGGCCGCUGCUUUGGUUUGCCUGUGGCAGUGGACGUUUCCUACGGCUUGGCUCGCAUUUUUACUAAUGACUCCAACUACACCACCUCGACCUGCUUCACCGUCCCGCUCACUGGCUUGGGCUGGGGGCUCGACAUCUUCACGUUCAAUUCCGAGACAGCCACCGCCAUCUGGCUUUCAGAGUUCAACAUCAACCUCUUGGGUCGGCUUUCCAUUCAAUUGCUCUGGUACCCCGAUGAUUCUUGGAUCUUCGUCUUCAACGUCACCGACGUCUCACCCCACGUCCAGGAACCCUUGCAUCAGGUUCUAGUCCCUGACUUUGUCGCCAACCCCAACGCCUCUUGCGACUUGGCCUCCACAACUGCCACGCCUUCAGAACCGGCUCUAAAAAAUGCCGUUUCAAACGCAAGUCCCUCCACGACAUUGCUCAUUAGCAUCAGUCUAGCUGCGCUUGUCGUCCUCGCCCUAGCCACGGCCGUCUUCCUUUACACCCGGCGCAAACCAUUUGCGGCCUUCACCUCGGUGAUUCCACUCUCACCGCUAGUGAAUACUGCGCAGGCUUCCCUCAACAUAGUGCAUCGUGAUGUGGCAGCACGCAACGUGCUCCUGCUCAAUGCCUAUGUGUUAGGCAGUCACAUGCAAACGCCUAUGGUGAAGCUGGGUGAUUUUGGCCACGCCCGCUUGUUACAUUCAGGGGAGGCCACCGUGGCCUCAGAGGACGGCUUUGCGGCUAAUCCUGCUCUUGAGGCAGCAGACUACUACCUUCAGCAAAGCACCAUCACGGUGGCGAGCCGCUGGCAUGCGCCUGAAGUGUUGCGUAGUCAACGCUUCUCCCUCAGCUCGGAUGUUUGGAGUUUUGGUGUGUUUCUUCAUGAGCUGACCACCCUGGGCACUGUACCCUACGCCGACAUUCAAUCAGAGCAGGAGUGCAUCUCUCGUAUUUUACAAGGCCUUUGUCUGCACCCACCGCCAGGCAGCCCGACGGCUGUUGCCCAGGCCAUGCAGCGGUGCUUGAGCAAAGAUCCGCACCGGCGGGGCCAGUUUGAAGCACUACACGAGUCAUUUCAAGCUGAAAUAGCAGAGCGGCAGCAGGAAUCUGAACUUUAG